AUGUACUUGUAUAUGGGCGUGCAAGCUAAAAUAUUAUUGAACAUUCGAGGACCGGGAGUUUUCGUGAAUGGUUCCCGAGAUGCGGUUACACUCGACUGUGAAUUUUACACUGAAAACUUAAAAGAUUUGUCAAUAAAGUGGUACUACAUGAAUGAUAUAAUUAAAAAGCCACAGCUAAUGUACAAAUGGAAACCACCUGAUAAACCUCAGACUUUCAGCAUUUUUGAAAAUAAGCUAGACUUAUCAUACACUGUAUCAAAUAAUUCAUUCACAAAACACCGUGCUCUGCGCAUCCUGAAACCGGUUCCUGAAAUGUCGGGACGGUACGUUUGCUAUGUGUCCAACAGCGAAUCUGAUGAAACCAUAAUACAUUCUUUGACAAUUUUUGAGCCAGAGAAGAAUUUUGACCUCUUUUUCCAUCGAAGCGAAGACGGUUAUUUGAACAUAAUAUGCUUAGCCAAAGGCAUAUACCCAAAACCGCAAAUAAAAUUAUUAGCAGACAACACGUAA